AUGGGAUCUUCUGGGAAGCAGAGUCUGCUGAGUACACCUGUUUUGUCUUAUUGCCUCUACGUCCUGCACAUGCUCAAGGAGAAUUUAGAGAACAGAGCACUCAUGUGUGUCAUUUCCUUCAAAAUGGAAUGUAGUAUGUACUUGCAACAAUCUUUGUUAGGAGUUUCGACUUGCAAGUACGAUAUUCUUCUACUUGCCUCACUAUUCUAAAAUGUAGCUGUGCAGUUACCCUGGCACAGUUUGUGGUCUGUGCCAAUAUGAUGGGAGAUAUGUGCCAAUAUGAUGUGAGAGCCAGUGUGGUGUAGUGGUUAAGGGCGGUAGUCUCGUAAUCUGGGGAACCGGGUUCGCUUCCCCGCUCCUCCACAUGCAGCUGCUGGGUGACCUUGGGCCAGUCACACUUCUUUGAAGUCUCUCAGCCCCACUCACCUCACAGAGUGUUUGUUGUGGGGGAGGAAGGGAAAGGAGAAUGUUAGCCGCUUUGAGACUCUUUCGGGUAGUGAUAAAGCGGGAUAUCAAAUCCAAACUCUAGAAAUACUCAUAGGCUGCAGAUGGAGAAACUGAAGUGGAAAAAAAAAUGAUUAAGUGACUUGCUUGGGACAACAGCUAAAGUUACAGGACUGGCUUUCUCUUGUUUCCAUGGGAGACAGAGCCAUCCUGGGUGACCCCGCUCAUUUCUUUCUUGAAUGGUCUGCUUUUUCCCCCCUCUCAGGUGUAGCUGACGACGAAGCUUUUGCAGAGGAAUGCAGACGCAGAGGACAAAACGCCUUGCCUUUCCAGCCGGCUAAUGCCCGUUCUCCAAAAUCGGCCCUGAAGCCUGCUGCCUACCCCAAGCAUACCUUUCACUGUAAUAGCGAUGAGGAUGAUGACUUGGUUAUGACCAACUGGGAGACGCCCAUUUAUUCAUCAGGUGUGCACAAAAAGGUGACGCAGGAACCGGUAAAAAGGCAGGAGCCAGUGCUAAAGCAGGAGCCCGUAAAAAAAGUCACGCCACUUAGCCAGAAGCCUAAGUCAAAGAACCCAAUAAGAUCGCGUUGCUGCAUACUGAUUUAAGGCUAACAUUUCACAUGCUCUAUUCCUCUGCAUUCAGACUAGCUUCAGGACUACGUUGCCCUGCCCGUUUUCAGAAGAUACCCAAAUAAAAUUCAUUGCCUGUGCCAAAUCGUGCAUACAGCUCACAGCAAACAGCAGAACUGUGUUUAGUAGCUGACACGUUGCUUGCUUUCCUUGUUCCGAAUGCAGGUUUCUAGUAGCCCGGAUAGAUUUUGUUCUUUGCACUGUCAGGUAACUAGAUUUUCAAACUUUUGAGGCCUGGUGGAAUCUCCUUGGCAAAAUGGCUUGCCCUCCUCCUCCUCCUUGUUUCCUUUAGCCAAGUAUAUGUUUAGCAAGGGCUGACAUAAGCAGCAGCCCGUUCAUCGUUUUGCUCAUUUCAAUCGGUGCCAGAUCCAAAACGUCUAAUUUGCAGAUUAAUACUGCAAGAUUCACAUUUCCCUUGGUAUCCAGUAUUAACAAGCUCCUUAAUGUGAAUAAUCCAUUGUUCAUACCCUAUUUGUUUUUUACCGCCUGCCGUCAUGGGAGACGCAAGUGCACUAAGUUGCUGAUCCAGUCUGUUUCAUGUGCUUACUAAAACGAGAAGCUGCGGUAUUGUAGCUUAGUAACUGCACAGCUGAAUUUUUAGGUGCCCCCCCCCCGCUAUGGCUUAAUUUCAGAACCAGUUUUGGGAAACUAUUUUCAGGAAACCUCAGUUCACCAUUGCCAGGGGGUCACUCCCCACUUUCCACACUUCUUUGAGUGCCAACACAAGCAAAAUGAACACAAACUGAGGAGAAAUGACGAUGUGAGGAAGAUUUCACAUAGCAUGGUUUUUAGGUGCACACCUAAAGUGGGGGGGGGGUUGUAUCCAAAGGUUUUCUCAGGUGGAAGGAGGGAGGGACUGUUUGGAUCCAACCCACAACAAACCCCUGUCUCACAAAGGGAGGUGUGUGGAGGAGCCAGGAUUGGCAGGCUCAAGUUGCCUUGUGUAAUAUGAGAAACUACCCUGAGUGUAGAAGUUCCAGGGUGGGUUGUGUUCACCUAGUCCCCGGCAGAAUAGAAAGGGAAAUGUCUUUGGGUCUUUCCUUGCUAUGGCAGGCAGCACAGCCAGGUGGGGUGAGUUAUCCUCUCCCGUGUUGCUCCUUGCCUGCAGGCAAUUCUAGCCUCAAGCAUCUUAUUCAUCAUCCCUGCUUGUGGCAUUCUGCAGUCUGGGAAAGGCGGAUAUGAACUUGCAGAAACCUGCUUUAUGGCAAGGUUUGGCUGGGAUGACUCUUUGAGGGCUUCCUUUCCGCUCCCAUGACCCAUGGAGACCAGAAUCGAGAGCGGGGACCACCUUGGGAAGCUUUCAUGGUGCAAACUUAGGAAGCGUGAAACAACCGAGAGGGAAACUCUUGAUGGCUUAAAAUUAAGCACUAAAGUCACUUGUCAAUAGGUUGCAAAGGGCUGUCAUUUUGGGGCCCUCAAACCUUUUGCCCGUUUCCCUCCCGUUGCUUCUGAGGCCGUUGAUACGCCAGCCUUAAUGGCCAUGGAUGGUCUCCUACUAAGUUCAGAGUAGAUCCACUUAACGUUAGUCAUUUCUGUUUGUUUCAAUGGAUCUACUCCCUGUCUGACUAGUGCUGAUACCGCUCCAUGUUUUCUCCUGAUACUGCACGUAUCAAGGAUGCGUUGUGGUCUGGGCUGGCAUGUGAGCAGGUGCUGAACAGGUGAGGAAACUCCUGGUAACAGGAAGCUGACCUUCCCCACAACUUGAGUAACUCUGCUUCGACGGCUAGUCAAUUGCAGGACGCAGGUUUUUUUUGAAGUGGCUCUUUGGAAUAACACGAAAGAGGGGUCUGCAGCUGCAGCAGCUACGCCGUUGUCUUGCUGUUGUUUGUAAUCUGACAACGUAAUAUCGGAGCCAUCUGUGCUUUUUGCUUUGCAAGUAAAACGGGGGCUGUCAAAUCCCCACCCAUCUCCCGCAGACUAGGGCCCAUCAUUUUAAAAUGCUAGACAUAGUGCAGUUUGAACACACCAGGGAGCGCAUGUGAUUGAGGUAAAGUUCCAUGCUUUUUUUAAGGGACCAGAGGCUAUCAGAUGUCAGAUUCAAAAAUUACAAUGCUUCCUCGUUUAAAAUCUUUGCAUCUUUUUACAAACUUUGUUCGAUCAGGUAAGUAUCACUAUUCCCUGUACUGUGCAUGGCAGAGACAAGAAAGUUGCCAAAAAUAGACUUCAGCACUGGUCAACUUUUCCCAGCAUCAGUUAUGGGGUGGGAGGUAGGGUGCAUUGGGUAGUGUGCAUAGAUGCCUUGCAUCCAGCAGGUCCCAGAUUGAGUACCUGGCAUCUCCCAUGAAAACUGAUCUCAGGAGCAGGAAGGUGUAUCUUGAAGCGUAGUGUGGAUGUGCUUGAAGAGCAGCUGCCGGUUGAAGUAUACAGUGCUGGACGACAUAGACCAGUGGUCAGAUGAAGAUCCUUUCAUAUAUUCUAUGAAUCAUGUUGCUAGAACUCUAGUACUUCUCGCCCCAUUGGGUCCUCACUUCUUUGCUGAGACAGACACCUGUGCAAUUUUGUCUCUCCUGUGAGAUCCAACGGUUGGUUGUAGCCUUUUUUGUGGAAGUACCAGCUUACGUUGUCAAUAUUUACCCCCUGUUGGCAACCUGGUGAUCCACUUACAAGGCUCCUGCUAAUGGGCCCUCACUGUGAUUUAGGAGUCUUGCGACUGCCUUUGUUGGGUUCAUACUGUCUCUGAAUGAGAUCGUAUGUUCUGCAUCAGGGACAACUGUCCCUAGGAUGAGCGAUACCUAACUUGCAAUAGUUUGUCCCCCUAGUUAGGUAACUGACUGAACUGGUAAAUGGCGGUAGUUAUGAAAAACUGAUUUGAGCAGCUCCCCCAUUUUUGGAGUAGCAAAAAACUGAAUUUGAACCCAGUGAAUAAUUUCGACCUUGGAUACGAGAGAAGAGAGUGCCCGUUGGUAGGUAGUGCUCAAAACUGUCGGUGGCUCCCUUUUGGGCUGGAUAUUGCCCACCAAAAAAACCCCUAUCUGGUCUCCUGUUUACCCUACCAAAUUUUAACCAAUGCAAUUAAACCUGCAUUUUCCUUGUAAGGACAAGAGGGUGGUUUCUCAGUGUUUUAUCUCUUGGGUUUUCUAUGCAAUUUCCCCAUUAAAAUAGUUUGUCAAAGAGUUUAGAAACAGAGCAACCACUGUCCACGGAGCAGCCUUCACAUGUCAUGGCAGGUGAUUUCAGCUCUAAAUAAUUGGUUGCACUAGAGAUUUCUGUAGAAUUCAAAUGGAAAACUACCUGUUUCUGCAUAAUUCAAAUGGAAGCUCACUUAUUCCAGGCAGGGUUGCUUCCCCACCUGCACCAAAUGUUUGGCUUGCCUCCUGGUACAGGGCAAUGCAUUAAACUGCUGUAAGUAUAUCAUGACCCAAGUAUUCUAGUGCAGGUUAGUCUCCUGUCGACUUAAGCACUAUAACUGCUUAAUCCCCAUUGAAAUGAGCUAGUGCUCUUUGCGUUGUAUGCUGUCCCACUUCUGCAAACAGUACAGAUAAUUUAAAAUACCCGUCCACCCCAUCAUUUAAACUUGUACACAUUUGAUAAGAAAAUAAACAAGGCCAUCCCGAAUUCCUUUGAAUGUUUUGUUAACUCUUUCCCAAGUUUCAAAGGAAUGCCUUCAGAAACAAGGCACAGUGAUGACCUUAAAACAGCCUUUAAAAACUGGUAGGGUUGUUAAAAGCCAAAUUAACAAGGUAAGACUUCUUUCGACAAAAGUUUUCAAAACUUCAACUGAUGACAGGCAGGGUUGCUCUGAAAUAGGACCGAGUAGAUCACAGGAGAAGGGAGGGAGCUAAAUCACAACCUAGCCUGCAGUUUUUGAGAGGGAGGAUCCAAUGGAAGCAAAAAGGGCCAUUUCAGUUAACAAGAUAGUUAAACUAUAUUGCAUUGAUUUAGGGCUGGACAAGGCAGUCCUUUUUGUUGUUGUUUUUUUGACUCACAGGUGCAUAGUAGACAAUCUCGUCAAGACCUAGCCAUAGCCUUUAGAGAUAUUUACAACAGGGAACUCUUCAGAUGAUGGAUAGAGUGCCUCUGAAGUGAAGGCUAAUGGGAACUUUCAAUAUGGCCAGGAGGCCUUUGCACUAAGCCUAUGGCCGGUGGUCACCUUUUGGAAGUAACUUUACAUGUGGAGAAGCUAACUUUGGUAGGCCGACUGUUAAGGAAAUGUGAGAGACCUGGGAGGAACCUUGCACUUGCUGAAGACAUGUGCUUGUGCUCCUCAGGGGAGACCUGCCUUGCAUUUUCAAAAGGCUUAAAAUCAGAAUGCUUCUGCUUUAAUGAAGGGAAAUCUAUAUGCACAAUGUUUUACCAGCCGUGUCUCCUCAGGAUACAAAGAAGUCAGCAAGAGGAAGAAGCAGAAGCUGAGGGAGGAGCAGAAGAAGAAGAAGUCAGCCAAGGCACCCUAUUAA